GUCAAGACCUGUAGCAGAUCAGAUCGCUAGUCAACAUGCUGCACCUCUUUCAUACACGGUACUGACCUAGGUCAUCCUCUAACUUUGCCUUGUGGAGACACACACACAGGACCAAGGGGGUUCUUUCUCGCCACAGAAGCAAGGAAUGCGGGAUUGAUUUUGUGAUCACCUGUUGAUAUCGCCGAAACGCAUUGCAUUGAUCAGGAGUCAGAAGCGCUCGCUGCGGGAAUACAACUAGUCAAACAUCUCUUCGGGGAAAGGCUUCGCAACGGACUCAUUUUCCACCGUCGCCUCUGCUGCCCGUGUCCCCUCGUCUGACAGGGUACGUAGUACAGGGGGAAAGUGCAAGCAAGAUGCCUACAGAGAGAUCCGUUCGGGCGGAGGAUGGCGCAACCAUCUGGUACGAGGUCCACGCCCCUGCGAAUCUCAACAACGCAUGCAAUGUACCUUUGGUGCUAAUCAUGGGCAUGGCGGGCAUUGGUCGCGAUUUUUACCCGCUCGCGCAAUUGCUUGCGCGGACGCGCGAAGUAAUCAUAGUCGACAACCGCGGCAUCGGCAACUCUAAAUUUCCAGAUGACUGGGAUGGCAACUUAACGUUACAACGAAUGGCCCUAGACGUACUCUGCGUCGUGCGGGACCUGGGAAAGACAGCAGUGGAUAUGCUUGGCUGGAGCAUGGGCGGCUUCAUCGUCCAGAUUUUGCUCACAUCGCCAGAGGCACGCACCGACUCAGACGGCAAGCGAGAAAUCCGAGGCGUCAAAAUUCGCAAGGCAAUCCUCGCCGCCACCGCUGCCAAGCGACCGCACGUUAACUUCGACCCUAAAGCUCUGGCUGCAGCCGCGUGGGCUAUCAAAGACGAGGACGAACGUAUCCGAAAAAUCAAAAAUGAAUUCUUCAAGUUGCAGUACUAUCCAGAGUGGAUUGAAGCUAGUGAGACAAACCGAAACAUCAUUCAGCAUCGCAUUGACAUGGAUCUAAAAGUCGACCGUCCAGCCGAAGUCAUCGGUCUGCAGAUAGCAGCGUGCGCAAGGCUGGAUAUGCGUCCUCUACUCUCGUCCAUCCCCGCCUCGCUGCCUAUCUUGCUGAUCCAUGGCGAGCGCGACUGUGUCAUCACAUAUGCAGAAACGCGAGACUUGGAACAAGGCAUCCAGCAUGCUGAGUGGCUCGACCACCCUGAACUCGGGCGGCUUUACGGGCACUGGUUCUUCGAUUUCGGGAAAGAUGGCGCAGAUGGAUGGGCCAAAGCGAUCGUGGGGUGGUUGGAUGGCGAGAAGGCCAAGCUAUGAGACCUGCACGAGUCCCAUCUGCUCUGCUCUGCAGAAUUACCAUCUAUGGUGACAAUGCCAUGCGGGGCAUAUUCCCAUGCAAGAUAUUAAAUUUAGAAGAGUUAGUUAAGUGUACUAUUUGGAGAUUCUUGCCCCCAUACAGCCCUCUACAUUUUAGCCUGAUAUGAAUUAUCGAUCUUUGUGUGAGUUCCGAUGCUCGUCUUGACCAGUCGCUUUGCAUCCUUCCCCGGACCGUCUUUUGUCCAGAUCUCGCAAGUCAUCAAGCUGACCGUCUUACCGACGGCCACAACCUGCGUCUCGAUGUCGAUCCAUGAUCCUAGUGGUGCCGGGGCUAGGUAUUGGAUGUUGAUGGAUUGGGAAACGCCCAGUAAUGACCAUGGGUCG